UUAUCAAGUUUCUCUGGUUUCUCUCGGAAAGUUCAAGUUGUGUUGAACUUCUGCCGAAUUCAAACGCGAAAGUUCGGUGUUGAAAUUUUAGUGACUGACUCGUAAAAAUAACACGCUGAGUUGGCAAAUCUGAAGCUUUGAACCUAUGUGCAAGGCUUAAUUAGUAUUUUACAGUCAAGUGUUAGACAUUCCUUAGUUUUCACUGAAUUUUGUAAACAAUAUGUGAAGUGAAAAAUGCCUAAAAUGGAGCCAUCCAAGAAGCAGGCGAUGAAUGAAAAUGACAGGUUUCAAUCGGAAGAAGGUUCUUCGUACCUGUGUUCGACGAGAACUUUUAUACCUGCAUUUUGUCUCGUCAUAGCUUUCCUCAUAGGAUACAAAGGGUAUUUGGAGACUCGAAUCAAUACCCCGUUCGAUAAAGUUAAAAUUGUUCAGAAGACCGGCUUAGCUGUACCAGACCGAUAUUGGGGUAGUUACCGGCCAAAUGUUUACUUCGGUAUGAAAACACGCGAUCCUUAUUCCUUAGUUACCGGCAUCAUGUGGUAUUAUCCUGAAACAAUCGAACGUGGCGGUGAUAUUCGUCAUUGGUGCGAGCAGAGUGAUUACCUAAAAGGUUAUUCGUGGGUAGAACACGAUGGUCGAAACUUCGGCGUUCAAGUUAUCAACGACGAUGGUAUCGAAAUAACCACUUCUUUCGUGAAAAAACUUCGUGGUGGUUAUGGAGGUGAUUGGACUGCCAGAGUGUCGUUUAAUACCAAAAUAAAAUCAAGAAUUGGAGAUGUCGUAUCGCUCAUGUUCUACACAGCUAUAGAAAACCAGACCAUUGGUUAUAUACAGCCAGAGUAUUUCGAUUUGGCUGGAGUUGAUGGGUAUACCGAAGGCUUAGGUCACUUUAAAAUCAAACUAAGUAAUGUGACUCAAUCAGUGAUUCACGAGUCUUUUCUCUUCACCAGAUGUGCCGGCCUAAAUUUAAUCAAAGAAACUGUGCUGGGAACGCUUUCUGCCUUGAGAAGCAACGACGUUCGGUUAUUCUCACUACCUAAUGAAGUGUCAUCCAUGAGCACAAAAGACAACUUAUUUGUGACUCAAGUUACUUUAAAAAUUCCUUUCGAUAUCGAUAUAAUUUUCGAAUCGCAAAAUGCUCUUCGACCUGAACCGUUGGCUGGUAAAAAUUACGAUGCAGAAUUAGAAAAACACAUCAAGUCAUUCAACGAUAAAUUUGAAAAUACUUUCAAACUCGCUAGCAAAGGAUAUUCCGAAGACGAAGUGAAAUUCGCCCAAGCCGCAUUUAGUAAUUUAAUCGGCGGUAUUGGUUACUUUUAUGGAACAUCUAGAGUUCUUUCAGAACACACCGAAUCUCCGGUACCGUACUGGAAAGCUGCCCUUUAUACAGCCGUACCAUCGAGAAGUUUUUUCCCUAGAGGCUUUCUGUGGGAUGAAGGUUUUCACGGCUUGAUGAUCUCAGUUUGGGAUUUGGAUAUCGAAUUAGAUAUUAUAAGUCACUGGUUCGAUUUGAUGAACGUUGAAGGAUGGAUUCCACGUGAACAAAUCCUAGGCGCGGAAGCCCUCGAUCGUGUACCGGCUGAAUUCGUCACCCAAGUCAACACGAACGCGAAUCCUCCGUUGUUUCUUUUGACGUUGAAUUUCAUCAUACAAAAUUUCGAAGAACAAUUGAUCGAACAAUCUACUAGACUGGAAACGUUGGAUAGAAUGUAUACGAGAUUGGUCGCAUGGUUUGAUUGGUUCAAUACCACCCAAACGGGUAAUGUUUUUGGAACUUACAGAUGGCGUGGAAGAGAUGCCAAUACUACUCGAGAGCUUAAUCCUAAAACUUUAACUUCCGGUUUUGACGAUUACCCGAGAGCUUCUCAUCCUACCGAUGAAGAACGACACAUCGAUUUACGCUGCUGGAUUGCUUAUAGCGCUGCAACAAUCGUCACUAUUUCCAAUUUAUUGAACAAACCGAGUUAUCGGUUCGCCGAAACAGCCGCAUAUCUCAAAGAUAACACAUUGUUGGACCGGUAUCAUUGGUCAGACAAGUACGAAGUCUAUGCGGAUUAUGGCCUGCAUACCGAUGAUGUAAUACUAGCCUAUCCUUCUGGGAAAUCUCGCGGUCCUCGAGUCAAAGAAAGACGUGUUCUGAAGCCGCCUGUUUAUCGGCUAGUCGAUACUACCUUUGGCUACAACAGUCUGAUGCCAUUGAUUACGUUUAUUAUCGAUCCGGAUAGUCCGAAACUUGGUAAAAUUUUAGAGAAAAUCGCCGACCCUGAAUUAUUAUGGACUGAUUUUGGAUUACGGUCGCUUUCUAAAAAAUCACCCUUGUAUAUGAAGUAUAAUACUGAACAAGAUCGCCCAUACUGGAGAGGUCCUAUUUGGAUUAAUGUCAACUAUUUAGUGGUGAGAGCUUUGAAACAUUACAGCGAGACCCUCGGACCGUACAAUAAAGUAGCCGAAUCUUUGUAUCAUAAAUUACGAAACAAUAUCGUAAAAAAUGUUUAUUCAGAAUACAAAAGAACAGGAUAUUUAUGGGAACAUUACAAUGAACGUACAGGCCAUGGUGAAGGUGCGAGACCUUUCACAGGUUGGACUUCCUUGGUCAUUUUAAUGAUGGCUGAAAUUUUCUAGUCAAAUUGUUAUUUAUUUUUAUGCGAUAUUCUUCCAUCUUGCGAGGUUUUAUGAUUUCAUUUUCCUGUACCAUUAUUAUCGUCAUUUUACCACUUUUUCAUUAUAUCAAUGCAGCGAUAGGUAUCGAGUAGUAUCAUUACAGGUCAAGUAAUACUUAGUUUCGUUAACCCCCCCCCCUCCCCCAAUCCCUAUCAUUGUUAACUAGGUACCUACUUAAUCAAUUUUUUUCUGAUAAGUAUAAUAUUUUUUACUAUUUUUCAUUAAAAAUUUAUGUUCAGAUAAGAUGCGAUUACAAACGAGAUGUUGAAUGAAAUAUUUUCUUUUUGUCUAUUAAUCCUCGUGAGCGAUAAUUGCAUUUGAUUUUAAAAUAUUUAUAUUAUAUUUCCUCUGCUCUUUGUGAUUAUACUAUUAUUUUAUUUCAGGUUGUUGUAAUUUAAUUUUUAUAGUUUUUGAUAUUUUUCAUCUAUUAUUAUGAAUUUUAUUACCUUUGUGUACUCUUAGCAUUACAUUCUGAGUAGUUAAUCACUUUCAUCAUGUAAAAUUUGGAAUUGCACAAUUUUGUUACCGAAAGGAGAAGAUUGAGUUUUCUUUUUAUCUACGUUCUGCCAUCAUUAUUAGAUCCUUCCUAUAAACUUGAUGUUUACUUAACUAUUUAUUAAAAAUUAUUUUUCUUUCGAA